AUGUCAGGACAUGAAGUAUACGAGGCAAGUCAAAACGACUACAUUGAAGUAGUAAACAUAGGGGAAGACAAUAGCGAUUCAGAAGUUACCAUUUUCUAUCGACCGAACAAAGGUUUGCAUUUAGUACAAUAUUCCACCUUAGAAUAUCACCUCGCGACAGAAAUUUUGUAUACGCGAUCUUAUACCGUGUAUUUCUGGUUGCAUUGCUAGGGUUUAAAAUUGUCAACGCCUAUUUAGUAAGUGAAAAACAAAGAACAAGACAUGGAAGGGACUAUACCAUGUUGAAUAUUGUUUCUAGCAAAGCAAAUCGAUUUGUGGUUCGCCGGUACGACGAUGGAGGUAUAUGCAGUUACUCAGACCGCUUACAUUACGGAUUUUUUUAACGCAUUUUUGAAAAUGACAUAAAUAUCUCAAAAAAUCUUAAUAUUUAGAGUACUAUCUGGAGAACGAUGACGGAUUUUGGAUGACUGAAGAUCAAGUCAACCUGAAUUAA